AAUUCCCUCUGCAAAUAUGAGAGAUUUCAACGAUGAGCUCCGUGCAGGAAGGAAUCAAGAGAAGUGCUGUGGGCAGAGAUCCGAGUCCAAGGGGGAGCAACAUUCAACUAGCACUGUAGAAAACGGCUUUUGUUGCUGCGGAAGCUCCUAGAAGAGCCUGGGAUUGAAGAGGGGAAAAAAAGAGGGCUCCCUCGUGGGAUGUGAUGCUAGUGAUUUGGACAGCCUCAAGAGUGGGGAGGAAGGAACAAAGGCCGACUCCCAUCUUGGCCCGGGUCCCUCCCGCUAGCCCUCCGCUCCACUUAUUCCAGGGUUAGCGUUCAGGCUCGAGACGCUCGUCAAGUGCUACGUCACUGUGAUCAAGCCAAUCACCGCUUUAGGCUCACCAAUCGGCGAAUAGUCAUAGCUGAGUCGAGGCCGCCCUGGCCAAUGAUAAAGACCGUACGGCGGAAGUGCAGAAGCGAUCUCCCGGAAAGAUGGCAGCCCUGGUCCGGCCACAGGUUGAUUGGCAGGUGCUGUGACCAGAGCUUUAUACUCCAGGCCCCGUCCCUUGAGCUCUGCCCUCGGAUGUUCCACCGCCCAGAGCUUGCAUGCGCCGUGGGGCGCCCCAGGACCAGGAGCUGGUGGGUCCGGGGGCUCCUGGGCGGGGGUCCCGGGGCGCCCCUCCUCCCUCGGGAUCUGUUGUCCCGGUCCUGGUCUUUCCCCCGGAUCUAGUAUUCAGGGCGGACCAACGGAGCGGACCCCGGCAGCUACUGACCCUCUAUAACCCCACGGGAGCAGUGCUUCGCUUCCGAGUGCUGUGCACAGCCCCUGCCAAAUACACAGUGUUUGACGCGGAAGGAUAUGUGAAGGCUCAGUCCUGCAUUGACAUUGUGAUUCGCCACGUGGCCCCCAAUCCCAGGCACUAUAAUGUCCAGGAUCGCUUCCGCAUUGAGCUCUCUGAGGAGGGAACAGAGGGCCGAGUGGUGGGGCGCAAGGACAUCACCUCGGUUCUAAGGGCCCCAGCGUACCCCCUUGAGCUUCAGGGACAGUCUGACCCAACGCCCCACGCAGAGCCUCAUUCCUGGACAGCACCAUCCGCGGCCCAGCCCUUCCCAGAGAGAGUGGAGGCUGGAACUCCUGACGGGCCUUGUUCCCCAGACCCUCACCCGCAACUGGCCACCAGCUCCUUCCUCCUCUUCUUGCUGAUGGGCACAAUCUCUGUGGCCUUCCUGCUGCUCCCGCUCCAGGAUGAACUUGGCAGCCAGCUGCCCCAAAUGUUUCACGUCUCCCUGGGACAAAAGUUGGUGGCAGCCUACGUCUUAGGGCUCCUCACCAUGGUGUUCCUCCGGACCUGAGCUCUGUUCCACCUCCACGCCGCUUCCCUGGGCCAGGACAUGGAUGUGGAUGUGGACGUGAGACAGCCACUGUGAUGUUCAUAACCUCGUCUCAACUCCUGCUUCCUUCUUCCUCCCCAUCUCCCUCCAGACCUAGGGAUUUGUUAUCUUUUUCCAAGUUGAAUCAAAUAAAUUUGUAAAACUGAACUGAGAAA